UCGGCGUCCCCUCCCGGUGCCGAGCCCGGUGAGCCGUGCUGGCGGUGAGGGCAGCGCCGGGGCGCGCAGCCCCGUGGCCGGCGGAGGAUGAGGCGGCUCCCGAGCGCCGGGAGAGGAAGGAUCCGACCAAGAGAGCACCGAGGAGAUGUCGGCUGUGAAGCCCGACAAGGGCGAAGGCGACGCCAGCAGCACGAGCAGCGCGGGCGGUGGGGAGGCCCAGGAGUCUCAGCCGUCCCCGCUGGCCCUGCUGGCGGCCACCUGCAGCCGCAUCGAGUCUCCCAAUGAGAACUCCAACAGCUCCCAGGGCCAGCAGGGCGGGAGCGGCGAGCUGGACCUGAACGCGGCCGCCGCCCAGCUCACCCAGUCGGCCAACGGCUGGCAGAUCAUCUCGGCGGGCUCCAGCACCCCCACGGGCUCCAAGGAGCCGGGCAGCAACGGCAGCAACGGCGGCGACGCCUCCAAGAGCCGCCCGGUCAGCACCGGGCCCUACGUGGUCACCUCGGCGUCCGGCCUGCAGAACCAGCAGGUGCUGACGGGCCUGCCGGGCGUCAUCCCCAACAUCCAGUACCAGGUGAUCCCCCAGUUCCAGACCAUCGACGGGCAGCAGCUGCAGUUUGCCACCACCCCGGCGCAGGUGAACGUGCAGCAGGAUGCCUCGGGGCAGCUGCAGAUCAUCCCCGGCUCCAACCAGCAGAUCAUCACGAGCCGUGCGGGCGGCAGCAACCUCAUCGCCAUGCCCAACCUGCUGCAGCAGGCCGUGCCCAUCCAGGGCGUGGGGCUGGCCAACAACAGCCUCUCCGGGCAGACCCAGUACGUGGCCAACGUGCCCGUGGCCCUGAACGGCAACAUCACCCUGCUGCCGGUCAACAGCGUGGCCGCCAGCCUGGCCCCCACGUCCCAGACGGGCACCCUGAGCAGCUCGGGCUCGCCGGACAGCAGCUCCCAGCCGGCCACCUCGGGGGCUGCCAGCAGCUCGGGCAGCACGGCCACGUCCCAGGCCAGCUCGGGCGCCUUCUUCACCAACGCCAACAGCUACUCCACCACCACCACCACCAGUAACGUGGGCGUCAUGAAUUUCUCCACCAGUGCCACGGUGGGCACCAACGUGCAGGCGCAGACCCCGCAGCGGGCCAGCAGCGUGCCCAGCUCGGACUCUCUGCAGAGCCCGGUGUCCGGCGUGGCCCUGCAGCCGGGGCAGCAGAAGGAGGGCGAUCAGAGCCAGCAGUCCCAGCAGCAGCAGCAGCAGCAGCAGAUCCUGAUCCAGCCCCAGCUGGUCCAGGGAGGGCAGACAAUCCAGGCCCUGCAGACCACCCCGCUGUCCGGCCAGACCUUUGCCACUCAAGCCAUCUCCCAAGACACCCUGCAGAACCUGCAGCUCCAAGCCGUGCCCAACUCGGGCCCCAUCAUCAUCCGCACGCCCACGGUGGGUCCCAACGGGCAGGUGAGCUGGCAGACCAUCCAGCUGCAGAACCUGCAGGUGCAGAACCCCCAGGCGCAGACAAUCACGCUGGCCCCCAUGCAGGGCGUGUCGCUGGGCCAGACGGGCAGCACCAGCACCACGCUGACCCCCAUCGCCUCCCUGCCCAGCGGCACCGUCACCGUCAACGCCGCCCAGCUCUCCUCCGUGCCGGGCCUCCAGACUAUUAACCUCAGUGCCUUGGGAGCGUCCGGGAUCCAGGUGCACCAGCUGCAGGGGCUGCCCCUGGCCAUCGCCAACGCGCCCGGUGAGCACGGGGCCCAGCUGGGGCUGCACGGCGGCAGCGGGGACGCGCUGGGCGACGAGAGCGCGGCCGUGGAGGAGGGGGAGACCAGCCCCGACCCCCAGCCCCAGCAGGGCCGGAAAACGCGGAGGGAAGCGUGCACCUGCCCCUACUGCAAGGAGGGAGAGGGCAGGAGCUCUGGGGAUCCAGGGAAAAAAAAGCAGCACAUCUGCCACGUGCCGGGCUGCGGGAAGGUGUACGGCAAGACCUCGCACCUGCGGGCACACCUGCGGUGGCACACGGGGGAGAGACCCUUCAUCUGCACCUGGGUGCUGUGCGGGAAGCGCUUCACGCGCUCCGACGAGCUGCAGCGGCACAAGCGCACGCACACAGGAGAGAAGAAAUUCGCCUGCCCCGAGUGCCCCAAGCGCUUCAUGCGCAGCGACCACCUCUCCAAGCACAUCAAGACCCACCAGAACAAGAAGGGCGGCGCCGCCGGCGUGGCCAUGAACGUCUCGGCCGUCCCCAUGGACACGGCGGCCGCGGCCGAGGGCAACGGCGGCGCCACGCCGUCGGCGCUGAUCGCCACCAACAUGGUGGCCAUGGAGGCCAUCUGCCCCGAGGGCAUCGCGCGCCUGGCCAGCAGCGGCAUCAACGUCAUGCAGGUGGCCGACCUGCAGUCCAUCAACAUCAGCGGCAACGGCUUCUGAGCGCGGCCCCGCCGCCAACGCCCCAAGGCCAGAGCUAUAUAUAUGUAUUUUUUAAUUUCGGCUUGAUUUAUUUUUUUGUUUUGUUUUGUUCCUUUUUUUGUCCCUUUUUUCCUGCCCCUCCUUGCCUCCCUCGGCGUCGUCAUGCCUUGGUCCUUUUAGCUAAAAAAAAAACAAAAAAAAAAAAAUACACAAAAAAAAAGAGCAGCAAAAAAAAUAAAAUACCCCGACGACAGAAAUACCGACAAAACGACAACACAAAAAGAAAAAACUAAACAAAAAAAAAUCAAAAAAGCUAAAAAAACCUACAAAAAAAAAAAAAAGAAGAGAAAAGAUUCUAUAUUAUUAUUAUAUAUAUAAAAAUAUAAAAUGUGUUCGUUUGAGAGAGGAGAGAUGUUGCUGUGACCAUGGCGUGGUCCCUUUGAUGCCUUAUCCUGGAGCAGGUCGGCCCCUCUGGACGAUGCCCGAGCUCUCCUCCCUCCCCAGACCCCGAGUUCCCCUCCCCGGGCGUCCCUGGCUUUGCUUUGAGGUGGUUCUGUCAUUCCUUUGGCAUGCUCGGGGGGAGAUCCCGCUGGAUUCUUCACCCCUGGACUCCCACUGCCCUCCCCUGCCUCGGCAGGUGUUGUUUUUAUUUUUUUUUCCCUUGGAUCUUGGUUGUUUCCAGCCGUUUUCUUGGCAGAGCUCCCGUCCCGGGGGAGUGGAGCUGCUCCCUGGGAAGGUCAGAGGGGCCGGGGCGAGCCCUGGGGGGACGAUGGAGCCUCCUGGGGGGAAAGGUUCAUUUCUUUUUUUAUUGCAGCCAGCGUUGGGAUU